GUAUUUUUUAAUUAUACUGGAUUAUCAGAAAAAUAAUAAUGAAAUAUGGAAAUAAUGUUUAAAUAUAGUGCUUCUUCUAUGUAUAAUUUUCGGAAAUCUUUUUUCCCUAGUUUUCUAGUAGCUUUUUUAAGAAAAUCACAUAUUGGAUCUAAGCCUUUAUUUCUUCCUAGAACAGCAAAACUGCAAGUUUCAAUAGCAGAAAAUAUUCCAAAUACUAAGCAAAUAGCUGUUGAAGGGCCUAAUGGGUGUUUAUCUCUUUAUCUUCCGUCAUAUAUUGAUAUUAAUCAUUGUUCAUUAACAAACAAAGUUAAAGUCUCAGUGGAAAAUCCAAUGAUCAAAAAGCAACGAUCAAUGUGGGGAACAGCAAGAUCUUUACUAUCAAAUAUGAUUGUAGGAGUGACAGAGUAUCAUCAUGUAACUCUUCGUUUAGUUGGAAUUGGUUAUAAAGCUUUUAUUGAAAAUGAUUCAUUUUUAUCAUUAAAAGUUGGAUAUUCUCAUCCAAUUCUUCUUAAAAUUCCAGAUGGAGUUUUUGUUACAUGUCCCUCACCUACUCAAAUUAUUUUGAAAGGAUGUGAUAAGGUAAUUGUUACACAAUUUGCAGCAAAUAUUAGAAAAUGGAGAAAACCAGAGCCAUACAAAGGAAAAGGCAUUUAUGUUGAUGAUGAAAAGAUUAUUUUAAAAAGUGCAAAAACUAGGUGAUCAAGCAAAAUAAGGUUAAAAAUUUGAUUCAAAGCAAAAACAGAGA